CACAUACACACGUGUAUUUACAUAUACGCGUUCAGAAUCACGAUCGAUAGUAAGUCAACGAGAAAACUAUAACGAUCGACAGUAAGUCAACGAGAAAACUAUGUAAACCACCAAAUGUCCAGAGAAAUUUCAACUACUUUUCUCUCUUGAUGAGGAGGUCCAAUAAUAUUUCAGCUCUCUAAACACUAUCAAUUAUGAAUAUUGCUUCUACUGCACAUGGAAAACCCAGUACGGGUGGCUGGAAUGCUGCUAUUUUCAUCAUCUUGGUUGAGGUGGCCCAGCAGUUCGCAUUCUAUGGGUUGGCAAGUAACCUCAUCAUGUACCUCACAGAUGUUUUGGACCAGCCCUUAGCCACGGCGGCUAAGAAUGUUAACACCUGGCUUGGUGUUUCAUCAGUCUUCCCUGUCGUCGGAGCCUUCCUUGCAGAUUCAUAUUUUGGUCGGUUCAAAACCAUCGUCUUCUCUGUCACCAUCUAUUUCCUGGGCAUGGUUCUUUUGACUCUCUCCGUCUCAGUAAUUCCUUCACAAAGUCGCCGAGCAAUGUUCUUUGUGGCGCUAUACAUUUUAUCGGUGGCUCAAGGUGGGCAGAAGCCAUGCGUGCAAACGUUUGCAGCAGACCAGUUCGAUGAGAACACGCCGGAAGAGAUAAAGGUCAAGAGCUCCUUCUUCAACUGGUGGUACUUGGGGUUGGUGUUCGGUGCCACUUCUGCCACACUAGGAGUUGUAUAUCUCCAGGAUAAUGUUGGGUGGGGAUUAGGGUUUGGAAUAUUGGCAGGGGUUUUGGUUUUGUCACUAGUAUCGUUCUUGGUGGGAACUAAGAGGUACAGGAAGCAAAGGCCUCCAGGGAGCCCUUUUACAACGGUGGCACAAGUACUCGUUGCAGCAGCUCGGAAAUGGCAUGUCAUUGAGACACUCAAUUGCGAGGGAGUUUACUAUGGAGAUGAGAAGGGUGAAGCCAUGCUACAACGUCAGUCGCAGCCUCUAGUUUUGGCUCGUACUAAUCAACUCAGAUGCUUGGACAAGGCAAUGAUCAUAGACGAACAAGAUGCAUCAACGAAAACUAGAAAUCCAUGGAGGCUAUGCUCUCUUAAUCAAGUGGAAGAAGUGAAGCUUGUCCUUCGACUCAUCCCCAUAUGGUUGAGUUGCCUAAUGUUUGGUGUAAUCCAAGCCCAACUUCACACCUUUUUCACCAAACAAAGUAGCACAACCAUCCGAUCGAUCGGUCCCCAUUUCCAGGUUCCUGCGGCAUCACUUCAAGGCCUCGUUGGCAUUGCAAUCCUAAUCGCCGUUCCAAUCUACGACCGGGUUUUUGUCCCAGUAGCCAGAAAACAUACGGGACACCCUUCGGGUAUUACUGUGCUACAAAGAAUCGGCAUUGGGCUCGUUCUAUCCAUACUCCUUAUGGUUGUGUCGGCUCUAGUAGAGGCCAAAAGGCUCAACAUUGCAAAAGACUACAAUCUCAUUGAUAAACCUAAAGCAAUAAUACCCAUGAGGGUAUGGUGGUUACUCCCACAAUACUUGAUUCUUGGCCUCGCAGAUGCAUUCACCACGGUUGGACUUCAAGAAUUGUUCUACGAUCAAAUGCCGGAGCAAAUGAGAAGCAUGGGAGCGGCAGCGUCUAUGAGUGUUGUAGGAGUUGGUAGCUUCACUAGCAAUUGGAUUAUAUCUGCUGCGGAGUUAAUUACCUCAAGAAAUGGAAACAAAUGGCUUGGUGACAAUAUCAAUAGGGCUCACCUCGAUUACUUCUAUUGGGUGCUGGCAGUUUUGAGCACACUAAAUUUUUGUGUUUAUGGGGUAAUUGCAAGUGCUUUUGUGUACAAAAAGGUCGAAAGAGAAGACAAGGUGAAGACGGAGUUGACCCUUGUAAAGAACCAUGAUGGAGAGAUAUGAGACAUGAUUCAAGUGCGCAGGAAGAUUGAACAAGAUUCAAACAUGGAUAAAGUGCUCUACCAUUAAAGCUGGAACCAAGCCUCUGUACAUUAAUACUUAAUGCGAAGAACUAAACGCGUUCUACAAUUUAAAUAUUGCGAAAUACAGAGUUCUUAGAUUUAAAAUUGGGUAAAGUACAAAAAAUUAUCUCAACUAUUUGUGUUAUGA